CAUUUCAGAAUAAUUCAAAUGGGCUCUUCAGAGGGCUUUAGCCCGUGGUUCUUGUUGCUUGGUAGCACGUCUUCUGCCGCGGGAAUGCUUAACAUGAUCGCGCUUUCCUGGCCUACUAUUCAGUGCUGUAAUGAUGUGAGCGUGGGGAGAUGCCUGGAACUUACUGCUGGAGUAACGCAAGUGACUUUGCAGUGGGUUUUAUUCAUGCUCAUCCUGGUUUUGUACAUUAUCUACUAUCCCGCCCGGUUGAAAUACGUUGAUAUUGACAUCCCUGCGCACGGCACUCUCCCUCCUCAGCAUGUCAAGACAAAGCUUUUGAGUGACGAUUGGCGUCUUUCUAUGAACGUCUCGUGGGCUGUCACCAUCCAUCUUGUCCUCAUUACCAUCGUCACAUUUUUCCUUCUGUUCACACGCAUCCCAGGGCCUGACGGAGAGGUUCCACGUCAAAUAUCCUUGUGGGCGACCUUUCUCGGCGUCAGCUCUGCAUUACUUGCAGCAAUUCAAUAUGCGCCACAGCUGUCGCGGACUUAUCGUUUGAAGCUCGUCGGUGCGCUCAGUAUCCCCAUGAUGAUAAUACAGAGUCCUGGAGCAGCUAUAAUGUCCAUAUCUAUUGCGCUUCGCCCUGGCACUAACUGGACAAGUUGGGCGAUGUUUGCUGUGUCCGGCAUCAUGCAAACCGCCUUACUGGCUAUGUGCAUUGCAUGGAAGUUCCGUCAGCGUAGGCUCAGGAUUGAUGACUUUGGUUAUUCACUAGAUAGCGACUCGCCCACUCCAUUGACAGACGACAUUGACACCGUCGUUGGCGAAGUUUCAGAUCCCCAAGUUGGCGCCAUUUCUUACGCCAACAAUGCGGAGGACGCCCGUGAAGAUGCGCCACUCUUGGCGAAACCAAGACGUUCAACCAGGAGUUCCAGGUUUUUGGGUUGGCUGAGGUUAUAAGUAGAUAUCUGGUUUCGGAACUUUAUGUUGUUUUUCUCAUUAAUACUUAGAAGCUGAGCUCUGGGCAGAUAUAGUAUACCCAUUGGACCUACUUAAAGACUUUAGUAUCGUAAUGACAUUGACAUGCAGUUUCA